CCCGGCCCCCCUCCCUCCGGGCAGCGCUCGCCUCCCUCCGCCUCAGACUGUUUUGGUAGCAACGGCAACGGCGGCGGCGCGUCCCUGCCCGGCUCCCGGCGGCUCCUCGGUUUCAGCGGGCCUCCCCGCCCCUUCGUCGUUCUCCUUCUCCCUCUCGCCGGCCCGGGCGCCCCCCCGGCCGCGCCAUCCCGCGCCUCCCCGCUCGGCGCCCGCGCGUCCCCGCCGCGCUCCGGCGUCUCUUCGGCGCGCCCGGCUCCCGGCUGUCCCCGCCCGGCGUGCGGGCCGGUGUAUGGGCCUCUCACCAUGUCGCUGAAGCCCCAGCAGCAACAGCAGCAGCAGCAGCAGCAGCCGCCCGCGGCUGCCAAUGCCCGUAAGCCCGGCGGCAGCGGCGGCCUUCUCACGUCGCCCGCCACCGCGCCGUCGCCGUCCUCAAUCUCGUCGUCUUCGGCAGUGGCUUCCUCCUCCUCGGUGGCGGCGGCGAGCGCAGGCGGCGGGCGGCCCGGCCUGGGCAGAGGUCGAAACAGCAAAGGACUGCCUCAAUCUACGAUUUCUUUUGAUGGAAUCUAUGCAAAUAUGAGGAUGGUUCAUAUACUUACAUCAGUUGUUGGAUCCAAAUGUGAAGUACAAGUGAAAAACGGAGGUAUAUAUGAAGGAGUUUUUAAAACCUACAGUCCUAAGUGUGAUUUGGUGCUUGAUGCUGCACAUGAGAAAAGUAUGGAAUCCAGUUCGGGGCCAAAACGUGAAGAAAUAAUGGAGAGUAUUUUGUUCAAGUGUUCAGACUUUGUUGUGGUACAGUUUAAAGACAUGGACUCCAGUUAUGCAAGAAGAGUUCCUUCAGAAACAGAUGCUUUUACUGACUCUGCUAUCAGUGCUAAAGUGAAUGGUGAACACAAAGAGAAGGACCUGGAGCCCUGGGAUGCAGGUGAACUCACUACCAGUGAGGAACUGGAGGCUUUGGAAAACGACGUAUCUAAUGGAUGGGAUCCCAAUGAUAUGUUUCGAUAUAAUGAAGAAAAUUAUGGUGUAGUGUCUACAUAUGAUAGCAGUUUAUCUUCAUAUACGGUACCCUUAGAAAGGGAUAACUCAGAAGAAUUUUUAAAACGAGAAGCAAGGGCAAACCAGUUAGCAGAAGAAAUUGAAUCAAGUGCCCAGUACAAAGCCCGAGUGGCCCUGGAAAAUGAUGAUAGGAGUGAAGAAGAAAAAUACACAGCAGUUCAGAGAAAUUCGAGUGAACGUGAGGGCCACAGCAUAAACACUAGGGAAAAUAAAUAUAUUCCUCCUGGACAAAGAAACAGAGAAGUCAUAUCCUGGGGAAGUGGGAGACAGAAUUCACCGCGUAUGGGCCAGCCUGGAUCGGGCUCCAUGCCGUCAAGAUCCACCUCUCACACUUCAGAUUUCAACCCGAAUUCUGGUUCAGACCAAAGAGUAGUUAAUGGAGGUGUUCCCUGGCCAUCGCCUUGCCCAUCUCCUUCCUCUCGCCCACCUUCUCGCUACCAGUCAGGUCCCAACUCUCUUCCACCUCGGGCAGCCACCCCUACACGGCCGCCCUCCAGGCCCCCCUCGCGGCCAUCCAGACCCCCGUCUCACCCCUCUGCUCAUGGUUCUCCAGCUCCUGUCUCUACUAUGCCUAAACGCAUGUCUUCAGAAGGGCCUCCGAGGAUGUCCCCAAAGGCCCAGCGACACCCUCGAAAUCACAGAGUUUCUGCUGGGAGGGGUUCCAUUUCCAGUGGCCUAGAAUUUGUAUCCCAUACUCCACCAAGUGAAGCAGCUGCUCCUCCAGCAGCAAGGACCAGUCCUGCGGGGGGCACAUGGUCAUCAGUGGUCAGCGGGGUUCCAAGAUUAUCCCCUAAAACUCACAGACCCAGGUCUCCCAGACAGAACAGUAUUGGAAAUACUCCUCCUGGGCCAGUUCUUGGUUCUCCCCAAGCUGGUAUUAUUCCAGCUGAAGCUGUUGCUAUGCCUGUUCCAGCUGCAUCUCCCACACCUGCCAGUCCUGCAUCCAAUAGAGCUGUUACCCCAUCUAUUGAGGCUAAGGAUUCCAGGCUUCAAGAUCAGAGGCAGAAUUCUCCUGCAGGGAAUAAAGAAAAUAUGAAGCCCAGUGAAACAUCACCUAGCUUCUCAAAGACUGAAAAUAAAGGUAUAUCCCCAAUUGUUUCUGAACAUAGAAAACAGAUUGAUGACUUAAAGAAGUUUAAGAAUGAUUUUAGGUUACAGCCAAGUUCUACUUCUGAAUCUAUGGAUCAACUGCUAAACAAAAAUAGAGAGGGAGAAAAAUCAAGAGAUUUGGUCAAAGACAAAAUUGAACCAAAUGCUAAGGAUUCUUUCGUUGAAAAUAGCAGCAGCAAUUGCACCAGUGGCAGCAGCAAACCGAGCAGUCCCAGCAUUUCCCCUUCAGUCCUCAGUAAUGCGGAGCACAAGAGGGGACCUGAGGUCACAUCCCAAGGGGUUCAGACUUCCAGUCCGGGAUGCAAACAAGAUAAAGAUGAUAAAGAGGAGAAGAAAGAUGCAGCUGAGCAAGUGAGAAAAUCAACACUGAAUCCUAAUGCAAAGGAGUUUAACCCUCGUUCCUUUUCUCAGCCAAAGCCUUCUACCACCCCAACUUCACCUCGUCCUCAAGCACAACCUAGCCCAUCUAUGGUGGGUCAUCAGCAGCCAGCUCCAGUUUAUACUCAGCCUGUCUGUUUUGCACCAAAUAUGAUGUAUCCAGUCCCAGUGAGCCCAGGCGUGCAACCUUUAUACCCUAUACCUAUGACGCCCAUGCCAGUGAAUCAAGCCAAGACAUAUAGAGCAGGUAAAGUACCAAAUAUGCCCCAACAGCGGCAAGACCAGCAUCAUCAGAGCACCAUGAUGCACCCAGCCUCAGCAGCAGGCCCACCGAUUGUGGCCACCCCACCAGCUUAUUCCACACAAUAUGUUGCCUAUAGUCCUCAGCAGUUUCCAAAUCAGCCUCUUGUUCAGCAUGUGCCACAUUAUCAGUCUCAGCAUCCUCAUGUCUAUAGUCCUGUAAUACAGGGUAAUGCUAGAAUGAUGGCACCACCAGCACAUGCCCAGCCUGGUUUAGUGUCUUCUUCAGCAACUCAGUACGGGGCUCAUGAGCAGACGCAUGCGAUGUAUGCAUGCCCCAAAUUACCAUACAACAAGGAGACAAGCCCUUCUUUCUACUUUGCCAUUUCCACUGGCUCCCUUGCUCAGCAGUAUGCGCACCCUAAUGCUACCCUGCACCCACACACUCCACAUCCUCAGCCUUCAGCUACUCCCACCGGACAGCAGCAAAGCCAACAUGGUGGAAGUCAUCCUGCACCCAGUCCGGUUCAGCACCAUCAGCACCAGGCCGCCCAGGCGCUCCAUCUGGCCAGUCCACAGCAGCAGUCAGCCAUUUACCACGCGGGGCUCGCACCAACCCCACCUUCCAUGACCCCUGCCUCCAAUACGCAGUCGCCACAGAAUAGUUUCCCAACAGCACAACAGACCGUCUUUACGAUUCAUCCUUCUCAUGUUCAGCCGGCAUACACCAAUCCUCCCCACAUGGCCCAUGUACCUCAGGCUCAUGUACAGUCAGGAAUGGUUCCUUCUCAUCCAACUGCCCAUGCGCCAAUGAUGCUAAUGACGACACAGCCACCCGGCGGUCCCCAGGCCGCCCUCGCUCAAAGUGCACUACAGCCCAUUCCAGUCUCGACAACAGCGCAUUUCCCCUAUAUGACGCACCCUUCAGGUGAGGCGUGUGUGUGCAGGGGCCGCCGGGCACCCCAAAGCAUUCUGCUCGCACAGGUCGAAUGGCAGGCAGGGCCAGCGCUUCAAGCCCCGCAUUUGAGAACUAGCAAGACCCGCCAGAGCGUGCACAGGAGGGACUGUGACGAUCAGUUCAGUGUCAGGGCCUGAGGCUUCCAGGAGCUGAGUCUGUGUGUGUUCUGAUGGUAUACAGGGUUUGGCUUGAUGAGAAGCAGCAGCAGCAUUCUGUGUGGCUGACGCAUGCUUAGGACUCAGUUGGCCUUCCUUGUUAAAGAGGCUGGACAGGGCAGCGUUUUCCUUCCUUAGUCUCCCCCUCCCCAGUCUGACGGGGGUGGUUACCACCAUGGCAGAGUUUGAUUGUAGCUCUGGAGAAUACUACUGAUGAGAAAGUGUGCUGUGUGUGGAUUGGUUUUGAGUGUAGCAUUAGCUCCAGCCUGUGCCCUGACAGGGAGAGAAUGCCCCGUGAUUGUGCUCUAAUACUUGAUGGCUGCCAUGGCAAUAUUUCACAGUCUAACCUGUUACUUUGAAAGCAAUACUGGUGCUUGGCUGGUAUUUGGGGAGGGGGUAUGUUAAGGCCUUUUUUUCCUACCCCGUGAGCAACAAGUCUUCUGGGAGUUUUAUCUGAAGUGGUUUUCCAUCUGACUGGUUUGUUUCUACCCACCCACCUGCCCCUUCCCCUUUUGGUGCAGAUGGGAGGGGGAAGAGUGGAUUAAAUUUUGAGUCUUGUUCAGGUAGCACGAGGAUAGUUUACAGUCGUGUGCUGCAGAGACACUAGGCUAAUGUGUGGUGUUGCCAGUUUCCUGUUUAAAUAUUCACUUUUCUUUUUUACAGUACAAGCCCACCACCAACAGCAGUUGUAAGGCUGCCCUGGAGGAACCGAAAGGCCAAAUUCCCUCCUCCCUUCUACUGCUUCUACCAACUGGAAGCACAGAAAACUAGAAUUUCAUUUAUUUUGUUUUUAAAAAAUAUAUGUUGAUUUCUUGUAACAUCCAAUAGGAAUGCUAACAGUUCACUUGCAGUGGAAGAUAUUUGGACCGAGUAGAGGCAUUUAGGAACUUGUGGGCUGUUCCAUAAUUCCAUAUGCUGUUUCAGAGUCCCGCGAGUACCCCAGCUCUGCUUGCUGAAACUGGAAGUUAUUUAUUUUUUAAUGACCCUCGAAAGUCAUGAACACAUCAGCUAGCAAAAGAAGUAACAAGAGUUGAUUCUUGCUGCUAUUACUGCUAAAAAAAAAAAAAAAAAAAAAAAAAAAAAAUCAAGACUUGGAACGCCCUUUUACUAAACUUGACAAAGGUUCAGUAAAUUCUUACCGUCAAAAUGACGGGUUAUUAUUUAUAAAUCAAGUUUGAUGAAGUGAUCACUGUCUACAGUGGUUCAACUUUUAAGUUAAGGGAAAAAACUUUUACUUUGUAGAUAAUAUAAAAUAAAAACUUAAAAAAAAUUAAAAAAUAAAAAAAGUUUUAAAAACUGA